AUGGGCCCACGCGGGCGCCGGGCUGGGGCGGUCCAGAGUACGAACGACAGCAGCUCCCUGAGCAAGUGCUCCCUGGCAGCGCACGGCUACGUGCGCGAUCCCUUCGCGGCGCUACUGGUCUCGGGCGCUCCGCGGCGUGCGCCACUCAUCCACCGCGGCUACUACGUGCGCGCGCGAGCCGUGAGGCACUGUGUGCAUGCCUUCCUGGAGCGCGCUACCUCAGAGGGUAGCGCACCGGACCGGCAGAUUCUAUCGCUGGGUGCAGGCUCUGACUCUCUGUAUUUCCGUCUCAAAGUGGCUGGCCGCCUGGCCCAGGCCGCCAUGUGGGAAGUGGACUUCCCAGACGUGGCUGAGCGUAAGGCGGCGAGGAUCCGCGCCACGCCGGAGCUAGCUGCCUUAGCCGGACCACCCCUGAGCGCAGUUGAAUCUGGUCCUGGUUCGGCGCUUCACUUCGCCAGUCAAGACUAUCGCCUCCUAGGCUGCGAUCUGCGCAACCUGCCGGCGCUGCGCGACGCCCUCGAGGCGACCGGGCUGGACACGGCGGCACCCACGCUACUGCUGGCCGAGGCCGUGCUCACCUACCUGGAGGCGAGUAAUGCCGCCGCUCUGCUGGCGUGGGCCGCUGGCUACUUCGCGGACGCGCUCUUCGUGCUCUACGAACAGAUAGGGCCCCACGACCCCUUCGGCCAGGUCAUGCAGCUGCACUUCCAGCGGCUGAACUCGCCCUUGCACGGGUUGGACAGCUUCCCCGACGUGGCAGCCCAGCGGCGGCGCUUUCUCAACGCUGGUUGGCAGGCCUGCAGCGCCGUUGACAUGAACGAGUUUUACCGCGGCUUUCUUUCUGCUGAGGAGCGCAGGCGCGUGGAGACACUUGAACCCUUUGACGAGUUUGAGGAGUGGCACUUGAAGUGCUCCCAUUAUUUCAUCCUGGCUGCUUCCACUGUGGCCGCCGCUGGCUUGGCCCAGACCCUAUUGCUUCCACCUGGGGAGGCGCUUCCUCGAGUGGAGCCAGCCCCUCCUGUUGGUGUCUUGUCCGCUAGAAUAUUAGAAGAGUAUGAAGGCUUCGACUUGAAGCGAUUUGGCCAUGCCACAGUCCUUCUGGGUUCCAAUGUUAUCCUCAGCACUGGGGGCUUUGGGGAACAGGAGGGGCGACAUUCAAGGAUGAGUAAAUGUCAUAUGUUGUUAAGGCCAAAGGGCUCUAGGUGGAAUGCAAGUUCGGGCUGUGGGACUGGAACCCAAUGGGAUGGACGCCUCUUUCACACUAUGACUUCCUUCUCUGAGACUCUAGUUCUUGUGCUGGGUGGGAGGCUGUCCCCAAUGACACCAGCUUUGGGGAUGUAUUGGCUCAGCUGCCCCUACCCAGCAGGAAAGGAUGCUGACAAUCCGAAGGUGACAAUCACAGAGGUUGGCCCAGAAGCAGAAUUCCCCUCCCCACGGUGGCGACAUUCAGCAGCCAAAGUCCUUUGCCAAAGGCAGAAAUAUUUGUUUGUCUAUGGAGGACGAAAUGGGAAGGAUCCUGUGUUAGGGGACUGGCAUUUUCUACACAUGGACACAAUGACCUGGGUCAGUUUACCAGUUGAAGGGCCAGAACCUGAUGCUCGACACUCUCAUAGUGCUUGCAGUUGGAAGGAAGGAGCCCUCAUUGUAGGAGGUCUGAGUGUUUCAGAGGAACCUCUGGACUCUGUAUACUUUCUGAAACCAGUCUCUAAUGGAUUCUGUUGGGAAAGGUUAGAGGUCCAGCCACCCAUCACCCCAAGGUAUUCUCACACAGCCCAUGUAUUUGAUGGAAAACUGCUGCUGGUGGGAGGGGUCUGGAUCCAUUCCUCCUCUGUUCCCGGAGUGACAGUGAUUGAUUUGACCACGAGACUGAGUUCUGAGUACCGUAUUGACACAACCUAUGUUCCAUGGCCUCUAAUGCUUCACAACCAUACCAGCAUCUUGCUACCAGAAGAGCAACAAUUGCUCCUUCUUGGAGGGGGUGGGAACUGUUUUUCAUUUGGUACCCACUUUAAUCCCCAUCCUGUCACUUUGGACAUUACUUCUUUGAGAUCUAGGCAAUGACUGCUGCUGUUCAUGUAGUAAGUUGGUUGAGUUUGGGUGAAGAGUGCCCAGAUUUAGGAACCUAAUCUUUCUCCAUCUUCAAAAAUAGUGAAUGGAGAUUUUUCUCUUGAGAGAAAAUUUUUGUGCAGAAAAUCACAGAUAGGGCAAUUAAAUUAUAACAACAGUUGAGGUCAUGAACAUAUGUGAACAUAACUGGGGUUGUAAUUAGAUACUGGAACCACACACCAGUCAGUGGCUUAAGAGCUGGGACUUCUAGUCCCCAUAUAAAGUAACCAGUUCAACAAUCUUAAUUUUUCAUCUUUUCCCAAGUCUGCCUCAAUUUAUCCAUCUUUCUAGUUGCACUGACCUUUGGACUUAAUAAAGUUCUGACUCAUUUAUAAAGUGAGUAAUAUUUGUAUCAUCCAAGUUGUGACAAAAUGUACUGGUGAAAUAUUUUGAGUUUUCUAUAGAUAUAGUCCUGAGUAUAGUGUUACUUAUAUUUGAAGGAAGUCGGUAAUGUCCAAUUCAGUUCUAAAAUUAAUGGAGCCCUAAAAUUAAUUCAUAGCUAGUAUCUUCAAGAAACCAUACCACUAUGAAGCACAAACAGAAGCACAAAAGAACACUGAGACAUCUUAAAUAAGAACAGGGGAGGAAUUCUCAAGAAAACUUGUAAAUCUUCCCAUGUUUUACCAGUUGUGUUUGUCAGUAUAUAAUAAGUUUGGGUUACAAAUUUCCAGUUAGCUUGUUUGUUUAAGUUGGAUUUUUGUUUUUGUUAAAAUUAACUUAUCAAUUUACUUUGUAUGAAUUUAUAAUUUGUCCCUCUCUCCAAAUAUAAAUCAGAACCCUCAUCUUAAAUAUAAUAUAGCAAAAACAAAUCUUCAUUUUCUCCAUCCCCCAAAAUAUGUUUCUCUCUUUUAACAUUUUAAGUUCAUUACCUCUGGCAGGAGGUGGGUUUGCUGUGUCAUCUUUAAUCUCCUGAGCUCAUGGUUUAUUACUGC